AUGCAAUCAAAAUCAUUAGAAAAGUUCCACUCUCUUCCAAACAUAAGAGCUGGAUUAAGCGAAGGGGAUUUGCGAAAAUUGUACAGUCUCUCUCUAUCACAGAUACGGAAGCAUGCCGAAUUUGCGGAAUACAAUUAUAAGCCGGCAUCAUUCAACAUACGUUGGAUUUACGGUUACAACCCUAGAGCGGGUGUGAUUAAUCUAAAGGACCGCGACAAGUCCGAAAUCUUCUAUGCAGCUGGUAACUGCGGUGUGCUGUAUGACUGGGAGAGUGAUCAAAUGCGAAUAUUGCAAGGACAUAGACACGUAGUCCUGUUCUUAGCAACCGAUGCUCAGGGUAAAUGGUUAGUGACUGGUGACUCAGGACCUGAAAAUAUUAUCAUAAUUUGGGACACAACUGACUUAUUUCCACAAAAGACGUUGUUUUCCCCACACGGCAGCAGCAAGUUGGCUAAGAUCUCUCUCAGUGCUGAUGCUAAAUAUCUUAUGACCUUGGCGUAUGCAGACAUAGCUGUUCUACACUGGUGGAUAUGGUCCUUUGGAUACGACAUUCCUCAUGCGACACUGGAAGUGGAUAUACCUCGUGAUGGUGUUCUUGACAUGAGUUUUAAUCCAAAUGAUAGUUUGCAGUUUCUUCUUCUAACUAAACAGGAUAUUUGGAUUGGGACAGCUAAGAAAAUAUUUAUAAUGGAAAGAGGAAUUGUGAAAGAGACUGACGAUUACGAGUUGAUGAUUCGUAUGCCGACCAGAAAAGCAGCCCCAGAAGUUGGAAGGCUCACUUGCUUCACGUUUGCAAAAGCCCAGAUUGUGGUAGGAACGAGUCGGGGAGCUGUAUUGUUAUAUAGUGCGACUGUUGGGAACCAGGACAAUGUUAAUCUGAAUUACGAAGAACUAAGAUUCAUAAAGAUUUUGAAAAUUGAACAAAUAAAGAUCAAUGUUAUUCAGAGCGUGGAUGGGGUCAUAGUAACGGGCAAUGAUAUAGGCGAGUUGCACUUCUAUGAUGAGCAGUUAAAGUUGCUGUACUGGAUCCACGGCUUUCAAGUGGACUCAGUAAGAGGCAUCAGUUUUGAUAUGAUUCGGCGAAGUUUUAAAAUAUUAGACCCUAAAUGUAACAAGGAGUGCCCUUGCUAUGACGAGGUGAACACGGGUGUGGAUCCAGAAACUAAGAUGCGCCGCCAGAAGCUAAUGAAAAAAGCAAUACCUUCUGACGCAACAACUGCCAAUAAGCCUUUUUUGGUUCGAGAUUUCAUUCUAUGUACCUAUAAUGAGGGCGUUUCGUUCGUUAAUUUCACAACGGAGACUCUGCAAACAGUUCUUGAUAACAGGAUUAUGCACGCUAUGACCUUGACAGUGCAUCCUGAAAAGUCAUUUCUUUGUGUGGGCUACUCGGAGGGCUUGAUCGAGCUCCAUAAUUAUGUUCAGCAUAAAUUGUUUGUUCGUCUUGAUCUUCGAGAGAAGUUCAAAGUAAUAAUUCCUCCAAAUGAUGACUCCAUAAAGGGUGAUUUUGAAGUCAACUAUCCUGAAUUGUCAGUAACGUGUCUGAAGUACUCGCCCUCAGGUCUACACUUGGCAUGCGGACUUGACACGGGCGAGUUAUUAUUCUUGGACCCUAUCACUAUAGACCUCCUUACACCAAUUCCCUUCAAAGACACCGAACACUCUAUCAAGGAAAUCAACUACAGCUGCGAUUCUAUAACCCUAGCAUUUGCAGAUGCAGGCAGAACUGUUUGCGUAUAUAAGUACGACUGCAAUAAUUUCCAAUGGCAAUUCAUAGGAAAGCAUAGAGCGCAUUUCAAAGAAAUCACCUCUGUAUUCUUUUUACCCCAAAAGAAUGCGAAUGGCGAAUACAAAUUGUUAUCCCUUGGUGCUGAUAGAAUGAUGGUGGAAUACGACAUAGGAAAUAGUUCAGAUGAAUAUUUAGAAAUACUUAGCUUGGAUAGAAUAGACCAAAUGGCAAUUCCCCUUGCUGGCAUCACCAUGACCAACGCCUUGGAGCACAAAUACAAGAUAAUUAAUUAUGCCACAACUAUGACGUUAUCAACCAUACUUGGACCACGAUUUGAACAUCCGGUGUGUAGAAUUGAACUAAUUACAAGAAAAGGUGAAGAAGACGACCAAGAUGAGAAAUAUUUACUUUUUGCCACCAAAAACGUCAUCGGCCUACAAACGUUUCCAUUAGAUGGAAAUCCUUGGAAACAUGCUGGACUUUUGGGACAUCCUUUACAGAUUACUGGAAUGUGUUUUCGCGAAGAUUCCGGUACACUAUUUAAUAUUGGAGCAAAGGAUUCUUGUGUUUAUCAGUGGGCGGCAAAUUAUAGAGCUGUAGAAACAACGACUAAACAAGGUGGUGGAGACCUGGAUCCAUAUUACUGCUUAGUGGAGGACGGUAGACCUGGAUGGCUCUUUCAUGAAAUUCGGGAUCUGUUCUACUAUAUCCAGAUUCUGUGUCAGGGCACCUUCUCACCAGAAAUCCGUAGGGUGAAGGAUUAUGUUCCGAUUGAUUCGCUUCCGGAUAUGAUGAGGGCUUUAGGAUACUUCCCCUCGGAAUACGAGGUAGAAAAUUUGAUAGUUGAAGCGAAGUUCAAAGUGUUCCAACGUGUCCCGUCAAUCGAGAUUGAUUUUGAGGAGUUCUUCAAAUUGUAUAUAAACCAUAGACCAGCCUUCCCGGACAGUGUAAAGAAAAUCAGAAAUGCCUUUAGACAAUUCGCAAGACCGAAUCAAAAUGACGAAUUUGUUAUUAACCGUGAUGAUUUUUUGGAUUUGCUUAAUCAAAAUGGUGAACAUUUUUCUCGAGAGUUGUCCUGGUACUUGUUAUCAAUACUUUAUGGUCAAUCGUUUGAGGACCGAGCCGCUUUGCCCGAACCGGAUUUCGAAUUUAUUCCCGAGGAGAUAACAUUGACGGAGCUGCUGACUAAUAUUAUUGGUGUUCAGGAUAUGGAGACGUUUUCAGAUUACUCUACUAGGGAAUCUAUGGUUUCGCAGAUUGCCACUUCGUCCGAGUCUGAAGACGCCUAA